UCCGUCGCAGACCUUUUGCGCAGGCAACUUCCGGUCGGGGUUAGACAUGCUGUGUUGCUAUUGUGGGAUGUGACAAGUUACCCUCAGCAGAAUAUGGAAGACGAAUGGGAAGAGGAGGAGCAGCUUGUUGUUGCUGAGCUAUCCGGGAUAAUUAACUCGGAGUUUCUGACUAAAUGCCGGGGCAAAUGUAAGAUUGUGGAUGUCGACAGUGACCAGCCUAUGAUGCAGGUGGGAAGGUAUGUUUUUGCUGGACAGUAUGAAGACGCGUUGAGCACCUGUGUGAUCCUGGAGGAACAACCGCAAGGAGAUGCAGAAAACACUUCAAGUUUGGAACUAAAAUACAAAUGCCACACCAUGAAGAAACUUAUGAUGCAAAGAACGUUCCUGACGGAGAGGAAAGAAGGAGAGCCCAGUUCUGGUGGCAUAGAGAUUCUGGCCCUGAGUGAAGGGAAUCCGUGCAAUAGAAACAGUAGCAUUAUCUGCAGUUUUAAACAGGACCCUGCAGCGCCAACCGAAACUGAUGCCGAUGCUUUAGUUGCCAGUUCGGAUUCAGACGCCGAAGAGAUGGAAGGGGAGCAGUCAUCCAUGGCGGACAAUCCAGAUAGCAAUUGACAAUCGACAACGGGGUGUUUGUGUCCACAUGUCAUGAUUGUCUGGGACAUGAACUUACUUACUGGGACAAGGCAUACUACCUUUAUCCAAACGAACUAUCUCUCUUUUGUGUCUAAUAAUGUUAACAGUAGUUUCGCAGCAAAUGACAAUGAAUGAUAUUUGUAAUAAAUUGGCUGGUUUAAAAAAA